AUGUCGAAUUUAAACCUCAGCGUGGAUACAGAGAAUCUCGGGCCGGCAUCCCAGAACCAGCGUAGACCGCGACAUGGAAAAGUAGUUUAUGAUUUGCACGCUCAGUUUAUCGCAUUCUAUGACACUUCACAACCAUCUCUCAACGAUAUCCCAGUCUUCUGGCAAGGCUCUAGAGAUCGCGGCAGUUUAAAGUUCAGAUUUAGAACCCGCGAUGGUGGCUCGAUCUGUAUCCUACUCGAUGACGGCAAUUAUGAACUUUGCAUGCCAUUAGAAUGCAUCACUUACCUAGGCAUGCUCCCUAUCAAUGACAAAGACGCCCAGGAUCCAGAAAGUUUGGACCCACGCGGUGCAAAUUAUGCUUUAUAUCUCGAGCAAUGCCUCUCAGCUGGCAAGAUUACUUUCGAGUUGGGAUUAGAUAAUAAUGUAUCUCGCUUCGACUUCCGUAGAAGAGAACCAAAUCGUUAUGUACGCGAUCACGUUAACAACAGCACCCGUAUUUCAGCUUAUAAAGCUAAGCAUGUUAAGGUCACAAUCCAUUAUUCAGUAACCAACGAACUGGCAACCGCUAUGAUAGCCUUGGUAGUUAGAUCGCUCAAAGCAAAAUUUUAUUCACACCACUUAACAUCAUCUCAAAUGGAUUUUAAUAAAGAUACCUUCCAAAAUUGUGAUGAUUUAUGGUAUAUACGUCCAAAUUAUGAUAUUUUAACAUGUCAAAAUGAACAAAGAAUCAAGCAGUGGGAUACGAAAAUUUUAAACCAAGUUCCAUUAGAAGAUGUAUUAGGUAUAUACAAGGCAAACAAAUCGCCAUCAUUAUCUCCUUCAUCAUCUAUACCAACAUUAUCACCAAAUUCGCCUGAGAAUUACUUAUCAAAGGGUGGAUUACCAGUUGGAAUAUCAUCUGGAAUACCAACUGGAUUAUCAAACAUGAUACCAAAUGGAAUGGGAUACUCCAAUUGGGGCGUACUUGGGCCACAAUCAAAGACACCUAUUAAGUCACAAUUAAAGAGCAACCUUCUCUCGCUCGAUGAUCUCACAAUAUCUGACAAUCCAGAUGGUCAAUCGAGCUACACAUCUAGAAUGUAUUCAUCAGCACCAAUUAUUGCAGCAAAUAAGACCCCAAAUAUUAUAGUUGGCGGUACUUCAGAUCGUCCACCUGGCGUAAGCUCCAGAAGAAGCAGCUCACCACCUCUCAUAUCAUCAAAAUUAGGAUGGACGAGAUCGUCAAGAGCCCAAUCAUUUGGCACAAUAGGUGACCGCAGGAAGAUAAUAUAA